CUCAGAUGGGCCAACUAGCAACUCAGGUAGCAACCCGUCCUCAAGGAAAUUUGCCUAGUACAACUGAAAUUAAUCCUAAGGAAAACUGCAAUUCAAUUACCCUGAGGAGCGGUAAGAAGUAUGAUGGGCCUGAAUUGACACAACCAAUUGAUGUAAAUAAGGAGAUUAAAGUUCAACCAGUGCCAACCCCAACACCAACAGUAGAGAAGGCUACUGAUAGCUCAACACAACCACAACAGUCCCCACCAAUCAGUAUUGAGCAUCAUGAAAAGAUACCUUAUCCUCAGAGACUCCAUAAGACCAAUCUAGACAAGCAGUUCACAAAAUUUCUAGAGGUCUUCAAAAGACUACACAUCAACAUUCCUUUUGCUGAAGCCUUGGAACAAAUGCCCCGUUAUGUGAAGUUCAUGAAGGAGAUAUUGUCUAAGAAGAGAAAAUUGGAGGACUAUGAAACAGUGGCAUUAACUGAGGAGUGUAGCGCCAUUUUGCAAAAGAAACUACCGCCCAAGCUUAAAGAUCCGGGUAGUUUCAAUAUUCCAUGCUCUAUAGGGGGUUCGGUGGAAACCAAAGCUCUGUGUGAUUUGGGAGCAAGCAUUAAUCUAAUGCCAUUGUCUGUCUUCAAAAGGCUAGGAUUGGGAAAAGCAAAGCCUACAACAGUGACUUUACAACUGGCAGAUCGUUCUUUGACUCAUCCUCGUGGGAUAAUUGAAGAUGUACUGGUGAAGGUUGGUAAGUUUAUCUUCCCUGCUGAUUUCCUAAUUCUUGAUAUGGAAGAAGAUUCAACUAUUCCCAUUAUUUUGGGAAGACCAUUCUUAGCCACGGGGCGAGCAUUAAUAGAUGUUCAAAAAGGGGAGUUAAAGUUGCGAUAUUAUCAAUUUUUAGAUUAG